AUGUCUACUAAUCAACAUGAUAAUGAUGUUAUCCUGGCUCAAUUACUUUCUUUCGGGUUUGACGAAUCGAUAUGUCAAAGGGCAAUAACAUGCAAUAAAACUGUUGAAGAAGCUACUGAAUGGAUUUUGAAUACUCUGGAUGAAAAUUCUGGUAGCAGAACAUCUUCAAAUAAUACUUUGGUACUGCGCCCACCUGAAUCUUACGAGAGAGCUUCUGCGCCAAUGAUGAUUGAUGCAGAACAGUCAGCCUCUUCUAGUUCCACUUCAAACCCAACGAUCAUAUCACGUUAUUCAACGCCAGAAAAUGAGUCAGAGUAUACUGAAAAGUCGAAAGCAAAAGCUGCAAAGGUUGCAGAGGAAUUGAAGAGAUCAAAACUUUUGGAAAAAGAGGCUCGUAAGAAAACUUUAUUAGCAAUUAAGGAGGACCGUGAGAAUUUGAAACUGCGCAGAUUAAAUCCUAAAACAGAUGGUGGUAGCCCCGCAAGUUCAUCUUCCAUUUCUACUCCUCCACAAAAGAUCGAACAAUCAGAUUCAACUCUUAUUCAGAUCCGUUUAUCAACUGGUCAGGCAAUACGUCAAAAUUUUCUUAAUACUGCUUUAGUAUCUGACCUCUUCAGUUGGGUUAUUAGUAAGAAUGAACCAAGCAAAAAGUUUCAAUUGGUGAUACCCUUUCCACGAAAGGUGUUUGGUGACGAUGAGAUGGGUUCGACACUUACCGAUGCUGGUUUAGUUCCAAACGCUUCACUAAACGUAGUAAAGUUAGAUAUGCCUUCUAUUGCCACGCAAGCUCCUAUAAACAGUAUUCCAAGUUCUAUUACUUCGAAUAUUGGAUCAGAUGAUUCAAAUAAUAAUGGAAGUAGUGGCAGCAACACAGGCCAAUUGUUACCAAAUGUUCCUAAUCCAUUCGCUGGGCAGCAAAUACCUCCCCCCAAUUUACCGCAGCAGCUACCCCCUCCAAAUUUACCGCAGCAGUUACCUCCUCCAGUACCUAUGCAACAAGGACUCCCUCCAAAUUUACCACAGCAAUUACCUCCUCCAAUACCUGUACAACCAGGAAUUCUGCAUCCUCUUAUGAAUGUCCAACCAGGAAUUCCUCCUCGAAUACCCGGCCGACUUCCUCAAAAUCCGAUACCACCUUUAUUACACCACCCAAUGCAUGCCAGAUCUCUACCAUUUUCUGGCACAAGUUUUCGUUUAAACAGUAAUCAGCCUAGUCAACAACCAAUUUUACAGCAGGACUCGGAUGAUGAUUCCGAUGAUGAAGAAAAAAGGAAACGCAUUGCUGAAGCUGUACAGGCACGGGUACGUGCAGAGGAUUCUGCUUCGACUGAUGAUUCUCAGCAUACAAAACAUGGUAUCAGACGUGAAGUUGGCUCUUUAAAGUCAAAAUGCGCAUAUUUUCUCCUCACAACAACUACGUCAAUGAAAACUUUACGAUUUCUUAGUAGAUUGUCUUCUGAUAUUUGUGAAUUAUUAGUUGAUGAAUUGAUAAAACUUGACAAUAAUUUGCAAAAUAUCAUAUUAGACAACUACAAGACAACUGAUUCCCUGUUGGAAGUAAUUAGUAAUACCCAAAGUUCUUCAGUCACUAAGGUCAGCCUACGUAAUUGUGAUCUGAUAACUGACAAUGGGUUCAACUGUUUACAAGAGUUGCAUUAUCUCGAAUAUCUUGAUGUCAUGAGCUGCCGGAUUCGAGAUCGUACCCUACCUUUUCUUAAAGACUUUGGAGAAUUAAGAGCAUUAAAUCUAUCAAAGACAAAGGUGACUAUGAAUGGUCUGCGUAUUCUUUUCGCAAGCUGCGCCUUUGCAUCUACUUUAGAAGACUUAAACUUAUCAUACUGUCCUGGAGUUGGGGGGAAGACAGUCUUUGCGGAUCUGCAACCAUUACAGAAUCUUCGACGUCUCAAUCUUGACAGUGUACAGCUAACACCCCCACUUGUGCCAGUAAAACCAUCCAGUUUUAAAAAUCUAGAAAUGUUGGAUUUAUCCAGGACGCGACUUUGUGACCAAGAUGUAAUGAAAAUUAUAUGCCAAUUUAAAAACAUGGUUGAGCUUGUGUUAAUAGAAACCAUUGGCAUUGGUCAAUUUGGAUUGAAAUGGAUGGCCAAAGAGUUUAAAUCUCUUAAUUUCAUUAAUUUCCCGAAUCGAGAGGAAGAAUUAGAUGAUAUAUUGCAAGACUUCUCUGAAUUGCCAUUAGUAAAAAUGGAUUUGACUGGUUUUAUAAAUGUAUCUGAUGCGGGAAUUAUGUAUCUUGCGGAAGCCAAGAGUCUUACUUUCUUAUCCUUGUCUGGUACGAAAUUGACAGACGCUGGAAUGGUGGCCUUAAAAGAUUUGGUGAAUUUAGUUGAAUUAUAUCUAGAUCGAACCUUAAUUACGGAUGCUGGUGUUGCUUAUCUUGAUGGCCUACGCGAACUUACUCAUCUUAGUUUAAAUAAAACACGUAUCAAGAACGCGUCAUUGUCUAUAAUCCGUAAAUCUACAUUUGCCACGAGGAAAUUAAAAUAUCUUAAUGUUGGACAUACGCGCGUUACUGAUAAAGGAGUAAAAGAAUUAAAAGGUUUACCGCAUUUGUCUUUCUUGAAUUUGGAUUUCACUAAAGUAUCUUUGUCAUGUCGUAACAUUUUAGCUGAUAUUCCCUCACUUCAACCGGUUCGCCUUAAUGGAAUAACCAAAGAAACUUGUGAUGAUGAAUAUUAUGAUAUUUAG